AACAUGUCCAACGAAGCUUCCCUUGGAUUACGAUUUUCCCUUCUUUAUUCCAUUUGGGCUCUUUCCCUUCAGGUUCCUUGCUCUUUCCCUUCAGGUUCCUGUUCCUUGUGGAUAAUAUCAAAUCCAUCCAAAAAAUAAUAAUUCCGACUAUGUUAAUAUGGACAUUCUUAUGUUCUGCGCUCUUUCCUUUCCAUUGGACACGGACAUUCUUAUGUUCUGCCUGUUUCCUUUCACUUUCUUCUCUGCCCCUUUAACAAUGUCGUGAGAUGUUUGUCUUGCCCUGAUGCUGCUCGCUUGCUUCCUCGAUUCACACCCAUACUCUAUAAAUACAUUCCGUAAUGAAAUUCAAACAGGCAUCCCAUUGGAACUAAUCAACUAUUAGAUUGCUGCUUAUGGAUUCAGAAUCAUCCUCUCCACUGUUCUCUGUCGGCCAAGAGCUUUCGACGUUUCUUGCGUCCUCUGGAUUCCUGCACAAAGCUUGGGAAGAAAUACGCAGUGCUUCUGUAGAUAAUGUAGAUACUUUUGUUCUGAAAGAGUAUGAAGGUGUGAUAUAUGUGGUAUUUUCUUCCCUGGGCAUAGAGGAUUUCAUUGUUAAAGAUAGCAAAUAUGGAGAGUGCCAGAUACAGAACGAGAACAGGGUCUUCUCUCCCUGCCUCAAGGGCAACGAUGAUCAGCCUGCCCUUGUUCACAAAGGAGCUCUCAGGCGAUUCCUAUAUAUUCUGGAAAAUUCAGAUUUCAAAGACAAGAUGCAGAGUUUUACUAAGCUAAGAAGAGAACAAUCCAUUGUGUUUACGGGUCAUUCCAUGGGAGCUGCAGUAGCAACCUUGGCAACAAUCUGGUUUCUAGAAAAAAGGGUGAGACAAAUCUCACCAUUUUGCAUUACAUUUGGUUCUCCUUUGGUGGGAGAUGUUAGACUUGAGGAAGCAAUUGGCCGUGAGAACUGGUCAGGAAAAUUUUGUCAUGUUGUCGCCAAGAAUGAUAUUGUUUCUCGAAUACUCCUUGCACCACUUGAAUCAAUUUCUGAGCCUUUAAGUGCAAUUUUACCUUACUAUGGGAGCUUAAUGGGAAAUGCCUCCAUGGCUGUAUCACAUCCUUCCAUUCAAGAAGCUUGCAAGGCUCUUCUUAACAAUGUUUUGCAGUACACGUCUACAAUAGCAAACAAUUAUGUAGGAGAAUCUGAUCUUCGGAGUCCUUAUAGACCCUUUGGUACUUAUAUGUUCUGUUUAAAGCAUGGUGCAGUUUGUAUUGAGGACAGUGAAGCUGUCUUGAAGAUGCUUCAUUUUACUAUGCAAAGCAAAGAAGGAAUGUCUUUUGAUGAAUUUGCAGGUGCCUGUAUUUCAGAGCAUAUUGAUUAUGGUAACUUGUUGGAACUUGUCACUGCACACUUAUUUAACACAAUCAGGAUUGCAAAUCCCAUCACAAAAUCCUCCCUUGAGAUGGCGAUAGCACUACAAUUGGAAGCAAUGGGUAUUGGGGCUCAGGUCGAUCAUGCAUUCCUUGCCCUCAGAAAAGCUGGAGAGAUGAAAAACAAGCAUGACAUUAAGAUUGAGGAACUAAAUGACAUGUUAAGAAAAAACCAAAAAUCUAUGGCAGGACUGGAGUGGUAUAAAGGGCGUUGUAAGGACAAAGGCAUUGGCUAUUAUGAUUCAUUCAAACAGCAAAUUGACAAGAAGGAUUUCAAAGCAAAUUUGUAUAGGAAAUCUUUGGGAUCAUUCUGGGAUGACAUUGUUAAAAUGGUGGAGAACAAUGAACUUCCCAGUGACUUUAAAUUCCAAAAUAAAUGGAUCAAUGCUGGCACUACCUACAGAAGACUUGUGGAGCCUCUGGACAUUGCAUACUUCUAUCGAAAACACAAAGGUAAUGAAAGCUAUCUUUCACAAGGAGGCAGACCCCAUCGUUACAUUGUUCUGGAGAAAUGGAUGGAAGAAAAAGACAGAACUCGCAUUGCUAGAGACAACAAACCUCGCACAAAGUUUGCAUCUUUAACUCAGGAUUCCUGUUUUUGGGCCCAUCUGGAAGAGGCUUCUAAAACCCUAACAAAUCUCCAACAAGACCAAGACCAACAUCAAGUCAUGAAUACCCAAUUGAAAGAAAGCCUUCAAGAGUUUGAAGGUCGUGUGUGGAGCAUGAUCGAAGAUUGGAGCAUUUCGGCUGAGGUUUUUUUGGAGCAGAGUAGCUUCAUGACAUGGUGGAAACAGUACAGCCAGUUUCAACUUCAAUCCCCAGAGUGGAAACCAAGCUCUUCUUUGCUUAAGUUUAUGGAAGAUGAAAAAUGGAAGUUGGAAAUUUAGAAUUACAAUUUUUUCCAACUCUAGUUAUUCAUAGGCGUAACUCUACAAUGUCUCCAUCAUCUUCUCCAAUCACAAAUAAUAACUUUCCUUUUUCUGUAUAUUGUUGUUUUCUUCCUUAUCCAAUUACAAAUAACAACUUCCCUUUCACUUUCA